GAUACAACUCGCAGCUUUACUCGUCUCUUCCCCUCCUCCCUUAUCUCUUCACCCAAAAUGUCGCCCUUCCCCACCGACCAGGAGCUCAAGAAGCCCGUCUGCGCAUUCUGCGGCUCGUCGCCUGGCAGCUCGACAAUCUACGGCGACGCCGCGGCGUCGGUCGGCGCGGCGCUCGCCGAGGCGUCCUACCCGCUCGUGUACGGCGGCGGCAGGCGCGGGCUCAUGGGCGUCGUGUCCCAGUCGCACCUCAAGGCAGGCGGCUACACGCACGGCGUGCUCCCCCGCGCUCUCGUCGCCCGCGCGAGCGAGCACACGCCUGCGCCGUCCGCCUCGGCAUUCACUGGCACGCCGAAGGACAACGCGCCGGUCAAGUCGGCCGAGGGCAAGGGCCACGACUUGCUCGACGACGACUUUGACGGCCGCUUGACGAUGGAGGUCGUUGGCAGCAUGCACGAGCGCAAGGCCAAGAUGGCCCAGCUGUCCACUGGCGGCUUUGUUGUCCUCCCUGGUGGAUACGGCACGUUCGAGGAGCUGCUCGAGAUGGUCACCUGGAACCAGCUCGGUAUCCACUCGGUGCCCGUCCUCGUCCUGAACAUUGGCAACUUCUACACCGCGCUUCAGACUCUGGUCGAGAACGCCGUCACUGCCGGCUUCAUCCAGCCCAUCAACCUCAAGCUCAUGACCGUCGUCAACUUGCCCGGCGGGCCCGAGGCCAACGCCGACCCCACCAAGGCGGGCGAGUGGGGCGCUGCGACUGUCAAGGCUCUGCAGGAGUGGCAGUUCCCUACCGACGGCGGCUACGGGUUCAAGUGGAAGGACGCCGAGUCCAAGGCGAGCACCGCGUAGACAGAAUGCAUCAAUCAAUUGACAUGAGUAGGCCGCCGCAGACGCAGACAAGCCGGCGCUCUUCUCGACGGGGCGGUACACGUCGGCGGCAUCGAGCGAAGUGAGCAAGACGAACGUGCCGCUCUGGGACCUGCACGUGUGGCGGCUGCGCAACGCCCAUGCGCACUUUGCCGGCAAGGAGGGAGCGGCCGUGUGGGGCGCCUGGCCGGGAGACGAGGCGGUGUGGGCGGCGGUCAAAGCCAAGCUCGAGGUCGCUGGCGCCGGCGACUGGAGGCUCCGUAUCCUCCUCCACCCAGGCGCACGACUCGAGGUCCAGACGAUCCCAGCUGCUGCUGGCACUGCGCCGUUCGCCCCCCUCCCUGCCGCCGACACCCCGACGACCAAACGCGCGCUGUACCUCGACCCGGAGGACAGUGUAAUCGAGUCGGACACCAGCUAUCGGCUGUACAAGACCGAGCAGCGCGCAGUGUACAACGCCGCGGCGGCGCGUGCGCCGACCACCGAGCCGCACCCCGAGGUGCUCCUGCACACGCCGGAGCGGCUGCUGGAGAGCGUCACCUCCAACAUUGCGAUCCGCAAGCCGACCGUGAACGGAUGGCGGUGGGUCACGCCGUCGCUGCGGCCCAACAACGCGCCGUUCCUCGCGGGUACAAUGCGCAAGCAUCUCCUCGACGCAGGUGUCCUGACGGAGGGCGAGCUGACGCUGGCCGACUGGGCAAAGGCAAAGGCGGAUGGACACCGCGUGAUCGGGUUUAAUGGGUUCCGCGGCGUGUGGGAGGCCGAGAUUGUAUAGAAGCAAGCAUACAUGCACUACACCCAUAGAAGCGUCGCGCCCAACGCCGAUGUAGCCGG